AAGGGGUAAAGCUGUCGGUCUUGCAAAACUCAUGGAGGCUGAGAAUAGAUUCAUUAUUUUGUACUGUAUCCUCAACAACAUUUGUGCCAAAUUAGACAUUUUUUACUUAUUGUCAUGUGAACAAAAAAACAAAUUUUUACAAAGAAACAUUUAUAGAAGCAAAAAUGCUUCAAAAUUUAAAGUGAAACUCAUUUUUACACAGCAGUAUUAUCAUUAUAACAAAGUGGUGACAACUCAGUAUUUUAUAUUUUUAAUAAAACAUUGAACGACGAGACUGAUUGUGGAAUAUAAUACACAUUAACAUAUCGACUGAAAGAUUCUAUCAAUUAUAUAAUAAUUACUUCAUUGAUACAUAAUUCACUUUUUAGUGAAGAAUUAUUUCACAACAAAUAACAGUAUUAUAAGUACAAUGGUUUAAAAAUCUAAGCCAAUUAGGUACUUAAAUAUAUUAAGUUUUAAUUGAACAAAGUUAGGAGAGGUAAUUAUUUAGUGGAAGUGAUUUAAAUACUGUGAUACCAUCACAAAAAAAAAUUUUAUAAAAUCACAUUUAAUUCAGAACAUUAAGUUUGUACUCAAAUAUUUUCAUAAAAUAAAGUAUUGAAUGGAAUUGACUAAAAUUUUGUAACAACAAAUGUUUAAACAAAUCGAAUUUUUUCAUAAUGUACAGAGUAUACAAAAUUAUUUUAUAUUUAAGAAAUAGUUUGUCAAUACAAUGAGUAAAACUGAAAAAAUUUACAUCUGUUUCUGAGUGAAAUUUACUUAGUAGAUACAAAAUAAAAUUGAAAUUAUGUAUAAAAAAAGGAAUUUUAUCUUUAAUAUUGUUUAUUCCACAUUAAUUGCCUAUCAAAUAAAAUUAAAUUAAAUUAAUGAUUUCAUUUACAAAGAAAUAGAACAAUCAUAUCAUUCUUAUCAUAUCGUUAUAUUUUAUAAAGUUUAAAUUUUUGACUAUUCACCUGUUAUGUAAUUCAUUGGUCUAAUUCUAAACUUCUGGUACUAAACUGGUUAUGAAUUUAUUGCCAAAGAAAAUAUCAAUAAAAUAAGCGUAUAUUGAUAUUCAAUGUAAAUAACAUUAUACAUAUGGGUUUCUCGAAGAUAAUUAAACGUUUGCUAUACGCAAACUUUGCAUCUUGUAGUUCUAAAGUAAUAGGAGUAUUAGCACCGUUAACAAUACCACCUUUGCAUAUUGCAUUUUUAUAUUAUUUUUGGCAAGAGUAUUCGAGGGAUGUGGACAAACAAUAUUGUUCAUGUUCAUGCUGGGACACAGUAUUCAAAGGAUCAUAUGAAUCUGGUAUUGCUUCUUAUAAACAUAUGUACUUUAAUGCCACUACGAAUACUUUAAAAAUAUGGAUAACCAUUGUAAUUGGAAUAAUCAUGUUUUACGAAACAAUGAAACAUUUAACAUGGUUAGCGUUUCAAAAUCGCCUUAGAUUCAGUAUGAUGAUACUCUUUUCCACUGCUAUUUUCUCCCACUAUUACACUUGGUGGGUUUAUAUGAAUUACUGGAACGAUGAAUUCUAUUCUCAGUGGUAUCAUCAGUUAUUCUUCUCCAUCACUGAACUGAUAUCUACUAUCUUGGUUAUCCAUUUGGCAGAUAAUAAAAAUCCAAUCACACAUAGGAAAGCCUUUGGCAUUGCUGCAAUAGCUAUUCUACAUAUUGUAGCAGGUGGUUGGGAUCAGUUUGUUGCUAAUGUUGUCAGAGGAGAAGGUUACGCACAUCAGGUGGUACGUGACCUUGGGUUCAUGAUCCCAGAUAUUCUGCAUGUUGGUAUUCCUUUGUGGGCAGUUAAAUGGAAAAAUAUAUACAAUCUUCCUGGUUCAACCAAAAGAGAUCCUAGUAUUAAAAGAGAUUUGGCAUAUAUGUUAGGAAUGAUAUGUAUAGGAUUGUGCAUUUGUGCCAUAUUGUAAUGUUUAAGCAGUUGCAAUGCCUAAGAAUUGUGUCUUACAGAUUAACGAAUAACACUUCACUUGAUUUUUCUUAUACAAAUUGAUAAGGUGGUUAUACAACAUUAAGUGAAUUUUAUUGAGAUGUUUAGUGUCUGAAUUAAAAGUAGGUACAAAUUUAAUUUAGUCAGUUGACCCUUAAAACUACUUCUAUUGUGAACUUCAUCUCUACUAAUGUUUUCAUUUGUAAUAGGUCACAUACAAUUUUAUUUAUCAUGAAUAAUGUGGUUUAAAAGAUGAUUUCAAAUGACAUUAAACCCUUUUUAUCUAGAAUGUUUUUAACACAUUCUCAUAUCUUGUGACCCAUCAGUGGGUUACGCCUGCGUGAACGUAUUAUAUACAUGAAUAAAUUAUAAAAUAGUAUACAAAAAUUGAAUGUGACCUUAAUAUCUUUAGCAGGUGAAAAGACUUACUAAAUUAAAUUAUUCAUUAUAGUUAAUAGUUAACUGAUUCACUAACACAUUAUUUAUUUUCUUGCAUUUCAUUAAAUUUAAUUUAUUAAUUUCAUAAUUGAUUAGUAGAUACAUUAUUUGAUAAUAUUAAAUUGGAAUACCUGUAGAGUACAAUUUUGCUUAUUAGAUAUAGUCAACCUUUUUAGACUGUCCAUUUUUUAUUUUGAUUUUUAUUUAUGUUUCUACUAAAUAAUAGGUAUUUUAAAAGAAUUAUGAUAAAUUCAUUAAAUACAAAGAUAGAGUAUCCCACGUAAAUGACGCAAUUAAAUUUCUAGAUUUCCUCCAAUUUUAUAAAACUUGUUGCAGAUAAUGUUUGCAUUAUUAAAGUAUCUAGCAAAUACAUAUAUUAAUCAGUAUUUCUUUAUAUACAUUUUUUCAGAGACGUAGACGUGAAUCUUAAAUAAAAAUAUCUUUGUAAAUGUAUUUUAUUAAAAUAAGUCAUGAAAAGUUGAGCUACUAUACAUUAUACGACUAAUAAAAAUUAUGUAAACUUAGAUAUAAUUCAACUUGAGUUUUAAAAUUUCGUUGCUACGUUCACGUGAAGUACCUUGUAUAAACACAAGUUUAUAGAUUACAUUUUAGAAUAAUUGAAUUUAUACAUUUACAGUUUCAAGAUGCCUAUAUAUAUUUUAGAAGCAAUACAUAUCUUAUUCUUUGGAAUUGCCUAAUUUUAAAUAUCAAUGAAUGUAUUUUUCAUUUAGACUUAGUAGUACUUACAAGAGCCUAAACCAUAAUUUAAAAAUUCUUCAAAUGAGAUUAAAAAAGUAUGUAUUAAUUUAUUUUCGCAUAUUAAAUGCACCAGUUAGAUAUCAAAUACUUUCAUGCCUUUAUAGUACUUAAAGCAUUUGUUCAAAAUGUUGAAUGGGAUAUAGUUCAAAAUUAUAUCAACGUAAAACAUAUCAUAUAUAUUGUAUGUAGCAUAUUUCUUAAAACUGGAGACUUAUUAUGCAAGAAAAAUAUGUAUAAAACUGAAUAUUGGUAGAAAUGGAGUGUCUUUGCUAAUGGGUAUAAGGCUAGAACAAAGUGCCUAAAUGCAACGUGUGUUAUGUUCAUAAAUAUUAUUAUUUGAGAUAUUGAAUACAAUAUUUAAUAUGACGAUAAUAGUAACUGCGGAUUUAGGUUUUAGGAAUAAAAGAAUAUUGUCGUAUGUGAGAAUAAAAGCAGAUUUUAGUGAAUUCAUUUUUAUAUAUGAUAGAUACAAAUUCAUUUUCAUUGUAUCUUAAACAUAGUGAUUUCAGUUAAUAAAAAUCUGGAUACUCAACUUUUGUACAUAUGUAUACAUCAGAAACGAAUUACUUAAAUGUUGUACAAAAAUUUAAUUUAUUAUAUUUAUACGUUGUUAUUUCGAAUUAAUGUGUUCAUUAUUUGAUUAUACAUUUCUCUACAUAAUGUAAAGUAAGAUAAUAUCACAUAACACUUAAAUAUAGUUUUUUAUAUAACUGAUAAAGGUUAGAUUAUGGAUACUUAUGCAUUUAUAAUAAUACCCAAUAAAUUAAACAAUUUCAUAUAUUUAAUAACAUUUGCAUUUUAUUUUCAAGUAAAUAAGCUUUUUUAUACAAAAAAUAAAUUUUUCGGUACCGAUUUUUGUAAUGGAAUAUAUAAAAUUAUAAAUUUGCAUAUACAUCCACAGUCUGCUAAGUAAUAAUUAAUAUUGAUAUUCAGCAUAUCAAAAUUUGUGAUAGAAUCCAUUUUAAUGUCUUAAAGUAUGAAACAUUUUAUCUAAUUUGCUUCUGUAUAAGUUCUACAUGACAAAACUAUUAGGAAAAAUUAGCAUUUGAAAUUAAAUUUUGUGAAAUUUAGUUUCAAGGCUUUGAUACAAGUAACACAUGCAGUAGAAUAAAUUUUGCAGCAAAUUAAUUUUCUUAUUUAAAGCGAUUUAUGUAUUUCAAGUAAUGUGAUUUCGUUUAAAAUGCAUUACACAGAUAAUUGUAAAUAAGUUUUAAUUGUAAUUGGUAAUUGUAAAUAAAAUUUGUAAAAUUUGGUUUAAAAAAAUUAAUAAAGUGAUGUAUUUAAAUAUUACUAUUUUUACACGUUUUAAAUUCUUUUUGCUCUUAAUAAUAUGAUUUCUAAUGCAGCCACGAAAUAAACUAAUACUUAAAAGUAUAGUAGCAAUUAAUAUAUUGAAAUAAAAAAGCUACUUUUG